ACUGUUUCUCAGAAAGAGUAUCCAGGUGUAGCACCAAGUAUCUCACAGUAGAGACGAUGUGAUGGAAGCAACCAGGGGUUGGUGUUUUCGGGUCGACAGAGUUGUAAGUGGAGAAUCACAGAGAUAUUUAGCGUCCUCAGAGAAGAGAACGAAGACGCGGUGCUGACCACGCCAAAUCAGACAUUCAGAGCAGCUCUGGUGCUCCACGGAAAGGACAUAUCAGGGAAAAUGGGCUAUGACAGAUGUAUACAGAUUCUAUCGGUUCUUCUUUUGUGCGGGGCGAGUUGGGCGCAGGGUCCUGUAGCGGCGCCAGCCCCGUCUUUUACACCUGCUGAUGCAAUUCGUAUCGCGUGUGGCUCAGCUUCCGAUGUCAAAAUUGGUACCCGGGUUUUUUUAGCUGACGUUCAAGGUACUGGACAAGGGGUUGCAGGAAGAACAAAUCAGAAUAACGGUGCUUUGUCGGCGUACGCUCCACUUCUCACCUCUGCGAGGUUCUUCACUUCUGCAUUUAAUUACAAUUUCACGGUUAGUCCAGGGAGACAUUGGGUUCGCCUGUUCUUCUAUCCAUUUGCGUUCUCAUCUUUUCAGCCGAGUAAUUCAUUCUUUGACAUAAGUACCAAGGAGGUCGGUCUUCUCUCCAACUUCAGCGCAGUGACCUUCGUCACCGCAGACAGCCCUUAUUUUGUUCGAGAGUACUUCCUGAACAUCACUUCAAAGGACCUCGUUCUUACUUUCAUUCCACGGUCAAAUUCGUAUGCUUUCAUAAACUUGCCAGAAGUUUGUACAGUUGGAGACAUGAGCCAUUAA